GCUGGCUAGACCAUGGAGGGCCGCUGGGUGCAGCGACAGAGCGCGGGGCCCCGGCGACCCCGCCCUGCGCCGCGUCACUCGGCGCCCUGCGGCGCGCGGUGAGCACCUACCGCUAGUGGAGCUGCGAGGGAGAGGCCGCGGCCCCUUCCGGUUGCCUGCGGCCCCGCGCCGGCAUUCAGAGCCCCUCGCCUGGCGCUAAAUUUAAAAACGUAACACGAGCAGCAGACUGGUCUUGGAAACGAAACGAAACUCGGCCCCUGGGCCUCCUCCCGGGCGCUGCCGGUCCCUCAGCGCGCCGCGCCACCCGGAACAGACCCUUCUCCCGCCAUUUUCGGCGGGGCUGGGAGACUGAGGCCCGCGGCGCUGAGCCUGCGGCGCCCCGGAAGAAGCGGGCGGCAUGGCCGCCGGCGUGGACUGCAGGGACGGGGUUGGCGCCCGGCAGCACGUGUUCCUGGUUCCAGAAUAUUUAAAAGAUGCUUCAAAGAAGAUGAAAAAUGGGCUAAUGUUUGUAAAACUGGUUAACCCGUGUUCAGGAGAAGGAGCCAUUUACUUGUUCAAUAUGUGUCUACAGCAGCUGUUUGAAGUAAAAGUUUUCAAGGAGAAACACCAUUCUUGGUUUAUAAAUCAGUCAGUUCAAUCAGGAGGUCUUCUCCAUUUUGCCACACCUGUGGAUCCUCUAUUUCUCCUUCUCCACUACCUCAUAAAGGCUGAUAAGGAGGGGAAGUUUCAGCCCCUUGAUCAAGUUGUGGUGGAUAACGUGUUUCCAAAUUGCAUCUUGUUGCUGAAACUUCCUGGACUUGAGAAGUUACUUCACCAUGUGACAGAGGAAAAAGGUAAUCCAGAAAUAGACAACAAGAAAUAUUACAAGUACAGCAAAGAGAAGACAUUAAAGUGGCUGGAAAAAAAGGUUAAUCAAACUGUGGCAGCAUUAAAAACCAAUAAUGUGAAUGUCAGUUCCCGGGUACAGUCAACUGCAUUUUUCUCUGGUGACCAAGUUUCCACUGACAAGGAAGAGGAUUAUAUUCGUUAUGCCCAUGGUCUGAUAUCUGAUUACAUCCCUAAAGAAUUAAGUGAUGACUUAUCUAAAUACUUAAAGCUUCCAGAACCUUCAGCCUCAUUGCCAAAUCCUCCAUCAAAGAUGGCAGCACAAAGACAGAAAAGGGGCAAGUGACGGUGGUGGCUCCACGCAAGGCUUGGCGAUUUUCCCUGCAACUUCAGACACUCCCAGAGGACUCGGGCUUUUUCUUCUGCACUUUUUGGAAAAUUGCUAAGUGCCAAAAGGUGUAUUUUAAAGCGCUGCCUGUACAUGCUUUAUUUCUUUGAUUACUACCACUAGUCUAUGUGGGCAGCGGCAUUCCUGCCUGGAGCACUCAGCUAGGCGGUUCCGUCCGGGAGCUUGAAAGCAUCCCAGCGGUGCAGCUUGUUCAGUCUGAGGACCUUAAGCUUGGGUCAGGCCAGCAUGUUUUAGGUAUGGAUGUGGUGACUUAAAGUAUUUCAUUGUCUUGAUUUCACCCUGAAAGCUUUGGCAAACCAAGUUUCAACCCUUACUUUAAAAAUCUGACACUUCUUUACUCCAUAUCAAUUUGGAAGCUUCUAAUUCAUAAAUAUACCUAAACAUUGGCCUUUUAUCUCUCCAGGAGUUAUUAAACAUUUCUUCCUUUUUAAAA